AAUCAUAGUUUUGGAGCCACUCUGAGACUCAUAAAGAUUCGAAAUGUGGCAGCAAGAUCAGACUGCAGAGCCAGGGUUCCCAGAUCCCAGGUUCCUGACUAGUUGGGAUUUCCCCAAGGCACGAGGAGGGACGAGGCCCCUGAAAGUCACUCAUCAAGGUGAACCUCAAACAGACACUGCUGGAGGAAAUGUAUGGUUUAGGGGUAAUGCUUUCAAACACUUUGUGAUUGUAACCUGCAAUACCGAAGACAUUUUGCAUGAUGACCUUGACACGCACACAUGUACACACACACACACACACACACAGACUCAGAUACCUGCUCACACACAUACACACACGGAACACCUACCUCUGAAUAAAAACUGAUGGUGAGAUAGUACCUAUUCUUCCUUUGUUAGCUGCACUGCAAUACAGUCCAUUUUGGUUUUUUUUUUUUUUUUACAAAAGCUGUUUUGUUCCAAUAAAUUGGAACAAAAUUUCAUAGGCCAUUAAUAGAUAGGAACCCAGAGUUAAAACAACAACAGCCACUCCCGGUUUGGAGCACUGUGCUUGUUUCAUGGAGCAAAAGGUUUUUAAAGGGUCUAUUUAGUUUAACUCUGCUGAACAUCUUUAUAAAUAGCUUUUUUUCUACUGCUGACCUGAGCUUAAAGAUUUAUGCCACAAUUUACUAAUAACAAAUCUCCUGCAAAACUAAGCAGGAUGCAGAGCUCUUUGGGGGUUCAGCUGCCCCUGUGUCCUGUUACUUCUCCUCGUCGGAGCUCCCGACCCUCUCCAGCCUUUGCUUCCAGGCAGCCUGUCUCGACUAAGUAAACAGAGCUCGAACACAGUGACUUAACUAUACUUUAUAAAUUCAUGAUUGUUGAGCCACAAAAUCAACCUUUCCAAAUAAAACUGAGCGUAAGUCAAACUGCCAGGAGAAAAAGAACAGCUAUCGGGCCCUUAACUCUCCUUUUCACCCUGGGUUCCCUCUCCCUGUACGAUGCUAACUGAAGUCUGUUGGAGGAAUCCAGUGAUAUGUGUUGCUUUGUGUUUCCUGAAGGUCACUGAUUUGGGGGGAACUGGGCUGCCAUCCUCCUCACAGAGCUGCCUGCUGGUGAUCACGACUUAAGGAGCGGGGCCAUUGAUAGAGCGCCUUUGUUCAAAGCCGGGCAUGGAAUUGUAUUCAGAAAGGUGCAGCCGUCCCUCCAGGGAAGCAGAGGAGAAAAUGAGAUUUAAUGCGUCUUAAACAAGCUCUUGUUGAAGACGAUGGAGCAAGAUUGAUUCCAAGAUACUGAGAUGAGUCAGCUUGCUUCAAAACGUUACCAACAGCCACUUUAAACAUUAAUUAGGUAGCUGGUUUCUAAGAUCUGGAAGAAGCGGAGGGUUUUGUUUAAGCCAGCUGUUUCACCUCAGAGGAAGGGCAUCUCUAGCUCAGGACUUGUAAAUGGGCCUUUUGGAUAACUGGGAAAGAAUUUGUCCUUUGGGGGAGAGGGCAACGAAGAAUGCAAGUGAUUCUCAGGGAGAAGGACGAAUGUGACAGCAGUGCCCUUUUGUGUACGUGUUGGUCUGUGACUUUGUGUAAGUUCUAGAACUUUUUGGUCUUAUGACUCCUUUGUACUUUUAGGAAUUAUUGAGAACUCCAAAGAACCUUUGCCAAUGUGGCUUAUAUAUAUAUAUUUUUCCCCCAACCAUUUUAGGAAUUAAAACUGAGAAACUUGAAAGUGUUUGCUGAUUCAUUAAAAGAUGGUAAUAAUCCCAUUAUAUAGUAAUAUAAGCAUUUUUAUUUAAAAAAACUAGAUCUUUCCCCCAAAUAGUGAAAAGGGUGUUACCGUUUUGUAAUUUUGCACAUCUCUUUCAUGCCUGGUUUCAUAGCUGACACUUGGAUUCCCACGUCUGCUCCUGCACACAGUCUGCUGUGAUGUGUUGUUUGGGUUGAAGUACAUGAGGAGAAUCUUGCACACACAGGUGUGUAGCUGGAAAAGAGAGGGCCCUGCAGCCGCCAGGAAGGGGCUCGGGGACUCCCACACUUGGAGAACCACUGUCCUGUAAAGUUGUUUGGAAGAAUUUAUGAGUGAGUUAGCCAGCCCAUUCCAGGGCUUUAGGAGAAAGUCAACACACUUCCCAGCCGGAAUCGAUCCCAAUUAUUUCCAGAAGAAAGGGAAGACCUAUGAUGCCCCUGGAGAGUUGGUACCUAUGACGUCCCAGGAGGCGUCCUUGCUCACUUCCUGGGGGCCCCGCAGGCAGUGAAGGGCAGUGGGUCCAGUUCCCCCGUGCGCUGGACGCCUGUGGUCCUCCUCGUAUGCACUCCAGCACCCCCAUCAGCUCCCUCUUCUCCUUCACCAGCCCAGCAGUGAAGAGACUGCUUGGCUGGAAGCAAGGAGAUGAAGAGGAAAAGUGGGCGGAGAAGGCGGUGGACUCUCUAGUGAAGAAGUUAAAGAAGAAGAAAGGAGCCAUGGAUGAGCUGGAGAGGGCCCUCAGCUGCCCGGGGCAGCCCAGCAAGUGCGUGACGAUUCCCCGCUCCCUGGACGGGCGGCUGCAGGUGUCCCACCGCAAGGGUUUGCCCCACGUAAUUUACUGCCGGGUGUGGCGUUGGCCCGACCUCCAGUCUCACCACGAGCUGAAGCCGCUGGAGUGCUGUGAGUUCCCUUUCGGCUCCAAGCAGAAGGAGGUGUGCAUUAACCCCUACCACUACCGCCGGGUGGAGACGCCAGUGCUGCCUCCUGUCCUGGUGCCAAGACACAGCGAGUACAACCCCCAGCUGAGCCUGCUGGCCAAGUUCCGCAGCGCGUCCCUGCACAGCGAGCCGCCCAUGCCGCACAACGCCACCUACCCCGAGUCUUUUCAGCAGCCUCCGUGUGCCGCCUUCCCGCCCUCGCCCGGGCCCGCCUUCUCCCAGUCCCCCUGCACCGCCGGCUACCCCCACUCCCCGGGGAGCCCUUCCGAGCCCGAGAGCCCCUACCAGCACUCAGAUUUCCGGCCAGUUUGCUACGAGGAGCCGCAGCACUGGUGCUCCGUCGCCUACUAUGAACUGAACAACCGCGUGGGGGAGACGUUCCAGGCCUCCUCCCGAAGCGUGCUUAUCGACGGAUUCACAGACCCUUCCAACAACAGGAACAGAUUCUGUCUUGGACUUCUUUCUAAUGUGAACAGAAACUCAACGAUAGAAAACACCAGGAGACACAUAGGAAAGGGUGUGCAUUUAUACUACGUCGGGGGCGAGGUCUAUGCCGAGUGCGUGAGUGACAGCAGCAUCUUUGUGCAGAGCCGGAACUGCAACUACCAGCACGGCUUCCACCCGGCCACUGUUUGCAAGAUCCCCAGCGGCUGCAGCCUCAAGAUCUUCAACAACCAGCUGUUUGCUCAGCUGCUCGCUCAGUCCGUCCACCACGGAUUUGAAGUCGUCUACGAGUUGACUAAGAUGUGCACUAUCCGGAUGAGUUUUGUCAAGGGUUGGGGAGCUGAGUACCAUCGCCAGGAUGUCACGAGCACCCCCUGCUGGAUUGAGAUCCACCUUCAUGGACCACUGCAGUGGUUGGACAAAGUUCUGACUCAAAUGGGCUCUCCCCACAACCCGAUUUCUUCAGUGUCUUAACGGUCCUGUCUUAAUCCACAUUUCUAUAGAAUAGAUGCUGUUGCAGGCAGUGGCUUAUAUCAUUUCAGAUUUGCAACUAACUGAAGUUUCUGCUUACAGGUGUAAAUACAUAUAAUAUAUACUACUCCUAUUUUGUAUCACCAUGUGUUUCGUGCUUUCUGGUUAACUUGGUGCCAGUCCGAUGCGAUUUGAAAAGCAGGUUUGUCCCGCCUGUGUUCUAGUAAAGCAGCUUCUUUUCUGGGAGAAAACAAAUGAGAGGCAACUGCGUGGAUAGUGUUUGAAGGGUGUUGGCAGAAUAAAGGCAGCUUUCAGCAGCCGUGUCAUAUAAGGCAUGUUGUGUGGCUAGUCCAGAAAAAACACAGUAAAACUGUUCAUGUUGCAGAAAUCAGGAACUUAGCAGCACUAGAGCAAAUAACACUUGAAAACAAAACAAAGCCCUGAGACCCAUGUAAGUUUAAAUAACCUCACUUUUAGUGCUACUGGCAAAAAAAAAAAUAUCAGGCUUGUAAAAUCAGUUAUGUAAGUCACGUGAACUUUCAUUUCUGAAGUUGAAAUACCUAUAACUGGACUCUCGUGCUGAUAUGAAUGGUACAUUCUGAACAGAUUUAAACUGUGAUUGGAAAAGAGAAACUGUGAAGCUGAGAGUCGUGCUGCCUUGUCACCUACCAGUGCAAAAAAAAAUGUCUAAUAUGGGAAGAUAAAUACGAAAAUAACAUGAAAUGAGCUAUAUUCCCAAAUUGCAAAAUUAGAGCAGAACUUAGUCCACGAAUCACCCACGGAGGUGCCUGCUUUCCACGUGGGAGAUCAGGUUCCUGUGUCCCUGGUGGUUCAUGUCAGGCCGCUCUGCAGCCUUUGGAGUCUGCAGCCGUGUGUGUGAGUCUCGUGUGCAGGAGGAGCAGGUGAAGUACGAGCACUGGACAGAAGCACCAGAGGUUUACUGAUACCGCCCCACAGUCCCACGUUAAGUCUCUAGGCGAGGGCACUCUUUUUGCCACACUUUCCUCACAUGUUGGCAAAUACUAGUUACAGAUUACCAAAAUCAUGUGAUGAAGCCUUGGAGAAAAUCUAGACACACUGCUAGCAUCAAAUUUAUGAAUUAUUCAAUGUAACAUCUCUAUUGAUUAAAUCACCUGCUGACCACAUCUGGUAGCCUUUUGUAAAGCUACAGCCUCAAACCUGGAAAUAACUUCCCAAAUGAAAUAAUAAUUUCAUAAUCCUUAUCAUUUCUGGGGAACAGUGGUACUGAAUAACAGGACUUUGAGUGAAUACGCACACAAAAUCCAAAACCUGUUCUUAUUUACCCUUGGAUGAUAAAGAGAGAAUUCCCCAAAUUUCUAGGUACUUUCCACCCACCAAAAACUUCAUUGCUUGGAAAAAUAUUUCACAUCCUCUUAAAAAUGUAUAAUUUAAGAAGGUAAUUAUGCUUGUAACAGACGGUACUUCAGUGAUCCAAGAGGUUUCUUCAUUUAUACAAUUCUGUCUCAUCUCUUUCUAGCAUUAAUGCACAUAGUAGUUGUUUCUUGUUAAAUUGUAUUCAAGGUAGGAAUGAUCGUGUGAAAAAGAUGUGUGAGUGAGCUAGUACUGUCACAUCCUGUAAUGACUAGUGUUAUCUAAUAGAAGCUUUCUAUAUACAAUAGAAAAUAUUACAUUUUACACUAAAGCUACGUGGUCCAUUUAGCCUUUAGAAACCCCCCGUAGUGUACUGGUUUAUCAGCUAUGUGUUGUGCACUUGUAUGUACCGGGCACAGUGUUCGGUACUGUGGAAUCAAACGCAAACGAGACCGUCGCAGCCCUCUGGAGCUGAGAGUCUAGUAGUAAAUCAGUAGAACCAUCUUCAUGUUUUUGAACUUUUAAAACAAAACAAAACAGGUGAUCUUUCUUUUGCUUGAAAAAAAUGGAAUUGAUUUCUUAAUUAGCUCUAUUUCGAAACAGAUUUCCCUUCUCUUCUGAGCAGUCAGGUAAUGGAUAAAGACUUCCUUGGAAAAAUGCUGCUUUUCUUCUGUGUCUCAAGGCUGGGUUUUAUGUUUUGCUUUUUGUCUCCUUUUGCUUCUUUGUUUUCCAGUAAUUCCCCAUCUCCCCUCUUCUUGGAAAAGGCGUUAAUAUGGUGAAGUCUCCCUCAUAUGAGUACUGUUGCAUGAAAGCGCAUUAGGUACAUUGAUUUUUGCUCCAGAGAUCAAACAGGGCUUUUUCAAUCUCUCCAUAAGUGGUCAAACUCAUCCUUUGGUAAUCUUAUACCUUUACAGAAUUAAUCGGUAAUGGUUGCUUAUAAACUACAUUAAAAAAAAAUACUUUGGAUUUUUCAUGCAGCUUUGAGAAACCAGGACAGAAUAUCCCAGUGAACCUGAAUUGUUUCUUGAAAAAUAAAUGGUUAAAGUGGUACAUGUGCGCCAUCACUAGCCUAGUCUCAGCAGAAGCCUUUAUUAGGGGACAUGAAAUUCAGAGAAUUUAGAAUUGAUGAGAAGUUAACCCUUCAGUCAUUGUAACGUUUUCACGUUUUAACCAGACGUUGGAAUUUUUUUACUGGCAAGGAUUGUCAAAAAUUGUAAUGCAGUAUUUGAGUUCAGGCUUCUGUAUGUGCUCAUUUAGCAUUCACUCCCUGAGGAAAACAAUCUAAAAAAAUGCCAUAGCAUUUCUUCUAUAGGAUAACUGGCAACGUGGAUGCGCUAAGCUGUUAAUUGCAUCAGCAACGCCAAACAUGUUUCAGGUUGCCACGGACAAGGGUCAUGCAACAGAGAAUAAUAACCUGGCCUGCUCACAAGACCCAGAACAUUGUGUUGUUCAAGCCUGUUUUUUGGUGUUAUUUUUCCUGUUAAAAAACUGAGA